AUGGCGGAGCCUACAGGGCUGAUUGCACAAUCAGGUAUCGAGCUUCUAACUUUCGGGACACCCAAUGGCCUCAAGAUCUCCAUUCUCCUGGAGGAGCUCAAGGAGGCUUACGGCAAGGAAUAUACCUACCAAGCCGUAAACAUCUUGAAAGACACGCAAAAGCAGCCGUGGUACACGUCGCUCAACCCCAACGGCCGCAUUCCCACCAUUAUCGAUCACGACCGCGGUGGCUUUGUUGUCUUUGAAGGGCUCGCCAUCCUCUCGUAUCUGACACGCCACUAUGAUCCCGAGUACAGGUUCAGCUUUCCUCUUGACUCAGACGAGUACUCUGUCUGCGAGCAGUGGAUGGCGUGGCAACACGGUGGCAUCGGGCCCAUGCAAGGCCAGGCGGUCUAUUUCGUCCACCUAGAAAAAGAAAAGGACAAAUUUGCUAUACAACGCUACGUCGGCGAGUCGGAGCGACUUUAUGGUAUUCUCGACGCUCGUCUCCAAGAUCGCGACUGGGUCGUGGGGCUUGGCCGUGGCAAGUUCUCGAUUGCAGACUUAUCGCUGGCUGGGUGGGCCAACCUCAUCCUCUACACCCACAUAGAUCUUUCCAGGUUUCCCAACGUCGAAGCCUGGCUCGAGCGGCUCUACGCGCGGCCAGCCCUGCAACGAGGCCUUGCCGUCCCGGGAGGCACGAUCCCUUUGGUUGGCAACCAAGCGCUCAAGAAGAGGCUCCUCGAAGACGAAGAGUUCAGGACAAAGCACAUGGAAACUGAGAAGCUUGUUCAAGAGGCGCAGGCGCAGUAUCACUACAAGUACGCGUCCCCUUGA